AUGACGACUGUCUUUCCUCUUCUUCGUCUUCCGUACCUUGUACUUAUGCCUAUCUUGGAACAAAUGGAAUUAAUGGAAAGAAUUGCACUCUCUCUUCUUUCCAAACGUGCCAGAAUGUUCUUGAAACUUCUUAAAAUGAAGGGUGAGUAUAUCAAUUUAUGGCUGAAGGAUAACAAAAUCAAGAUUGGAGUGUUGUUUGAUAAUGGUGAACAAUUGAGAAUGGAUAUUUCAAUGAUCAGAUAUCAAGAAGUUUCAAUAAUCGUAUAUUAUCAAAACUUGAAGUGUGAACACUAUUACAUUCAACGGUGGCACGGUACACUACCUCCAAUAGAUUACGUCCUCCCGAUCAUGGACGUCACUCACUGCAUGUUGGUUAAGCAAUUGGUAUUCCCAAAAGUAUCUGAACUCGACCCUGGAUACGACACUACUAUCCCACUCCUCGCAAAGCUUCCAAAGAUUGAUGAAGUCGGUGUGGAGGACUUCACUUCGAACAGUUUUUCUUGGGACUCAAGACUUCAAAACGUUUUGAGAAUUGUUUUUCCAGUAACUUCUGCAGUUACCAUUCCUUAUCACGCUCUAAAACCCGAAGAACUCCGAGAAAUUAUCAGAGGGAAUUUUGAGUCUGUGACUGUGAGAAAAUAUAGUGUUGACUACAUGCCAAAUCACGAUAUGAAGUUUUCUCUUAACGAUUUGAAGAUGACAAGUGUUAGGUCACUCGAGAUUGCUGGCCCAGCCUUUGAAGUGGAAGACCUGAACCGUUACUUCAAGUUGUGGAAGCAGAAAAAAUGUAAUCUUCGACUGGAAUAUUUGCAAGUGGCGACAAUGGGAUGUGAAAGGAGGAAACUGAUAAAUCUCCUUCUGAAAGGACUCAAAGUUGGUAUAUAUUGUUACUUUGGAACAGAGCAAACAUUCCGGGUAUUGGGGAAUAUAAAACCGUUUAUUUCGGAGAUUGAGGAUGAGAGGCCUACUUGGGAAACUGAAAUAACAAGAUCGGACGGGAGAACAGCAACAAUCAGAAUUGGAUCUCAUGGAACCGUUUGUUUCUACGUUUGGCCAGAAUCUACUGAUGAUACAACAAAUAUUGAGCCAAAUCAAUCUUCAUUCAUGCAACUUUUAUUAGCGGUGAGUCCGGAGAGCUGUGGUAGGUGUUCUGAGCAACAACUUCAUCAAUUUCUGGAAGCUUCGCAAGGAGUCUUGACAAGCUUAAGCACGGGGUACGGAAGACGGAGAAGAGGAAAUGAGGUCGUCAUCUCGGUAGAAGAAGUGGAAGUACAAAUGAGGAGGAAUCAAUGA